AUGAUCCAGACCUUUUGUGUAGAUUCCGCUGUCAGUGCAGAUCUUCUUGAUUGUCUUAUCGGUGGCAGUCUUCGAGCCCUUUUUAACGAACCGGACGGCGCCCAAUUAUGCCGAGUCUGGGGACUAUCUGGUCACAGAAACUCGGUCCCACUUCGUACGGUCUGCUCGUGCCCUGAUUUGGGCCAAUCCAAUUGCCGGUACAUCUGCCCGUUUGCCCUACAGCCUCUCUUCUUUCUCCCUCCGUCUCCAUCGGCCGCAGCAGUUCGUCUCUUCUCUUCCCAUCAACCUGCUAUUGGCUCGAUCGUCUACGAGGUGUGUCUGAAGGCAUCACUUGCCUCCAUUACUCUACGAGGCGCUGAGCGGAGACAGUCGCUGGCUCGGACAAGCGAAGGCGGUAGUCGAGGCGUCUGGCCGGACGACCAGCGGCCGAUCUGCCCUUGUGAGGACACAGACACACACAAUCUGUCCAGCAUAGAGGAGGUGACGUCUCGAGAUAUUGUUGUCACGGCCAGUGGGUACCGGACAGUGGCCCGAUUUAGACUGUUCAGGCGGCUGCGUCAUGUAGACCUCAUUCAUGCCGUUUCGGGCAUAUUCGACAAAGGGGCCAUGGAGCGAAAACUGGUACCCGACGGGACUACGGGCAACAGAGUCUGCAACCGGAGCUGA